GCGAUGCGGCGGCCGAGCUAACGGUGAAGAAAAACCGAGCAAUCCUCCACGUCCGCGCUCGCGACUUGCAUCGAUAGUUCGUCGUGAAGUGCAGAAUUUUCUUUUCGAAAAAAUUUUUCUUUCUAUUUCUUUUAUUUUAUUUUUUUGUUUUUGUUUUAACGUGAGAUAUGAACGGCUCGUAGCGCACGCGAUUUUUCGAUUUGUCGUAUUCCGUGAGGAUUUCGGAUUUACACCUGCGACAUCUCUGUUCUCCUCAGAAGAGUCGAAGGAAACGCGGUGUAUUUACAUGCGUAAAGCGACCGGGUGCAUUCCCAGAGAGGUGCGGCUAAACAUCAUGGCUUUGACUGCUCGUUCGUAGAAGACGACACAAAUAACUAUGAAUGUAAUUCUGAGGGAACUGCUGCUGCUGCUGGCAGCCGCGUUCGUUGUCGCGGCGACGACGUCCGUCUGUCCAUGGGCGCAGCACGUGGUGGACCUCGAGAGUUCGUGUAUCUGCGACUACAAUCUGGCCGGCGAUCUCUCGGUGCAAUGCGACAUAGUCGAGUACGAGCAGCUGCUGUCGGCGAUGCGACGUUUCGCCACCAAGACGCAGAUUGAUCUCUUCUACAUCAAUAAUAGUACAAUCGGCACUAUAAGAAACAGCUCGCUCGUCGCUCUGAAAAUUGUCAACAUUCAGCUGUCCGGCUGUCGCAUCAAGAGCAUCGAACCGGAAGGUUUCAAGGGUCAGGAGAAUCAUCUGAAGAGUCUGAAUCUUAAGGAUAACGAGCUUACGGAAAUUCCCAGCUCCACUCUGAAAACUCUCAAGAAUCUCACCGUGCUCGAUCUCUCGAUGAACAAGAUCACCAAAGUCAACGACAACGCUUUCGCCGGCACCAAACUGAUCACCUUAAAACUAUCCGACAACGAGGUUACUCUCGCACCGGGAUGUUUUCGCGGUCUCGAGAGAACCCUGAAGAAUCUCAAUCUCAAAGGUACGCGGCAGAAGAAGGCGCCGGAAGCGCUUAGAGGUCUGAGAACCUUAGCUUUUCUCGAUCUAUCGCAAAACAGCAUUCGCGAGCUCCCCGGCACUUCCGGUACUAAGGCUUUCGAAGGUCUCGAGUCUCUCACGGGACUGAAUCUCGAGAGAAAUUUGAUCCAGAAUAUCGGUCCGGAUGCGUUUUAUGGCAUCAGGAACACACUGAGCUCCCUGAGCCUGCUGAACAAUCUUAUUCCGGAUUUUCCCACAGCGGCUAUCAACAGCAUUCACGAUCUUCGUGUGUUGGACAUCGGAUUCAAUCUGAUCACCGAACUACCGAUCAACGCCUUUCAAGGAAACCCGACGAUCACGUUGCUCGCGAUCGACGGUAACCCGUUGUCCACGGUACCGGAAGAGGCGCUCGCCCGACUGAACGGUACCCUACGCGGCUUAAGUCUGGGCGGGCGAUUCCUCGUCUGCGACUGCCGAUUACGGUGGAUCGUCGAGUGGAUCAAAACGCGGGAUCUGCAGGUUACCAGUCGCGAGCGCAAGCCGCAAUUUUGCGGAAGCCCGCAGCGGUUGCAGGACAAGAGUUUCUACAACAUCGAUCCCGACGAUAUGAGCUGCGAGCGCGUGCCGGAGAUCGUCGGGAUCGGGACGGUAGAGAGCGUGGACACCAGAGAACCGACCGAAACGAUUGCUGGAAAUGUCGGCAGCCAUUUUCCGACCGCUCGAUCAACGAUCUCCACGACCGAAUUAAUCACCACCACGUCGUUAUUGACGACCACGGUGACGGUACCGUCGACGACCGAACAAAGAAGAACGACACCGCCAGCGCCGCCCCCGACCUUCGUCCCUACGACUCGACCUACCGUCGCGCGUACCGGAAACGUCGUGGUGGUGAGAACCACUCCGUUGCCGUCGAAACAACCGCAGGAAUUCAUGCAGCAGCACCAGCCGAGACCGCCACUGGUACUGGGAUCGCCACAUCAUAAAUCAAAAUCGAACGAGAAAGAUAUUGUGGUGAAAGACGUUAUCAGACAAGACAACGCGGUUAUCAUAUACUGGGACACCGAGGCGGCAAAUAUUCUCGGCUUCAAGGUGAUCUAUCGGCUGUUCGGAGACAAUAGUUUCAAGCAAGCACCGCCGCUGGAGGCCAGCGAACGAGAAUUCAAAAUUAAAAACGUGCCUCUGCAGGAAUGUCUUGUAGUUUGCGUAGUCUCGCUGGAGGAGACCAACAUCACGCCGGCGAAUGUGCCCUACGGUCAGUGUCGCGAAGUCAGAACGGAGAAUUCGCCCACCUCGAACAUGGACAAGAUCACGAUCGCCGCGAGCGCGGCAAUUUGCGCUACGAUCGUCGUCGCGGUGAUCAUCUUCGUGGUAGCGAACCGACGCCGUGCCCGCAAGCUGCACACUCUGCACAGCAUCGAUCAGACAAAGAUGGGCGGACCGAUCACCGGCUUGCCGGUCAACUGUUGCUCGAACGUCGGCCCGACGCCCAGUCCCGGUGGGCCCUUAUCGUCAAUGGCUACCUUGAGCGCUUACAACACUCAGAAGGAGUGGGAUCAGGUGUCGGCUUACAGCAACAGGAGUAUACCGCGACCAAGGAUCUUUCCUAUCGAUCGGCAAGGAUCGAUUACCAGGGCAUCUUGUAUCGAUGAUGUGCGCUCCCAGACCGGACAUUACAGCACCAAGGCACGAUCGAUCGCCGACGGUCAAUCCCAACACAGUUUCUCCAAUAAUUCUACGAGAUACUUCGCCAACACCGCGUUGGCCUCCAAUCUCGUCAGCACGAGACCAGAAUUGCGACAAUCGCGCCAAUCAUUAGCGGCCGCUUCGGAGCGGAUGUCGCGCUCCAACUUCUCCGGCAGCAAUCAUCUGCCGCCGCAUUCAUCGGCCCGACGACAACGGCCGCGUUCGCGUAAUCGCACUUUAGAGCCGAACCCGCCGCGACCCGGGAGCCGAUACAGUUUGGCGGACUCCACGCACACGCUCAACAAUUACGACGAGAACAACUGGACCGAUCACGACAUGGAUAUUUACAUGGCUCGCAAUCCAACCACGAGAAGCGGCCUCGUGCCGCUUUAAAAGUUCGACGGUCUCCCCGUGUCAUCCGACCGAUUUUUACUCUUGCUCAAGCGUGUUCAAGUAGAAUGUCAAGUCCAAAUCUUAAGAAAAAAAAUCUGUUUCCGCUCGUGCGACUCGCUUUCAAGCCGAAACAGCAACCGGAGCGGAGUUUAGAUAAUCUCAAUAAUCGUUCUCCGAUCGAGAAUUCGGACACACGAAUUUUGUGAGUGAUUUCAAAAGACGCUCGCGGGAUUUUAUAUCGAAUAAUAAGUGAAAAAAAAAAAAAAAAAAAAACAGCUCUCACAGAUGC